GGGAAAGCAGAUCAGCGGAAACCAACAAACUACGGACAUUUUUAAAGAGGGCGUACAAGUUGCCGCUUCACAUUUUCGCUUUACUUGACUAUAUUCUGAUUAGAUAUUGAGAUGCUUUAGUAAGAAUCCUGCCGUUUGAGCAAACGAAAGCAAAUACCAGUUUAUGUGACUGCUAAAUCAGCUACACUCCCACCAAUUUCUACACGGCCCUCGACGGAUCCUAGUGACCGCGACGUCACAGAAUCGCGCUAAAAUAACCUCUGAACUGCAUGCGAGAGGAGUUGAACGAGGAGAUUCUGGAGAAAUGAAUAGCCGUCUGCAGGAGAUCCGUGCUCGGCAGACACUGCGUCGGAAACUCCUUGCCCAGCAACUGGGAGCUGAAAGUGCUGACAGUAUUGGAGCGGUGCUAAACAGCAAGGAUGAACAAAGGGAAAUAGCUGAAACAAGAGAAACCAGCCGUGCUUCAUAUGACACAUCAGCAGCUGUUUCCAAACGCAAGCUUCCCGAAGAAGGGAAGGCAGAUGAAGAGGUGGUUCAGGAAUGUAAGGAUUCAGUUGAACCACAGAAAGAGGAGGAAAAUCUUCCUUAUCGGGAAGAAAUUUACAAAGACUCGAGCACAUUUCUAAAGGGAACUCAAAGCCUGAAUCCUCAUAAUGAUUACUGCCAGCAUUUUGUUGACACAGGACACAGGCCACAAAACUUUAUCAGAGAUGUUGGAUUAGCAGACCGAUUUGAAGAAUAUCCAAAACUCCGGGAACUAAUCAGAUUAAAGGAUGAGUUAAUAGCUAAAUCCAAUACUCCACCCAUGUACUUACAAGCAGACCUGGAAAACUUUGAUCUCAGAGAGCUGAAGAGUGAGUUUGAUGUGAUCCUGCUUGAACCUCCACUAGAAGAAUAUUUCAGGGAGACUGGAAUUGCAGCUAAUGAAAAGUGGUGGACCUGGGAAGAUAUCAUGAAAUUGGAUAUAGAAGGCAUUGCAGGGUCCAGGGCAUUCGUUUUCCUUUGGUGUGGCUCUGGAGAGGGCCUGGAUUUUGGCAGAAUGUGCUUGCGCAAAUGGGGUUUUAGAAGAUCCGAAGACAUUUGUUGGAUUAAAACUAAUAAAGACAAUCCUGGAAAAACAAAAACUCUGGACCCAAAGGCAAUUUUCCAGAGGACAAAGGAACAUUGCCUUAUGGGUAUCAAGGGAACAGUUCAUCGCAGCACAGAUGGAGAUUUUAUCCACGCAAAUGUUGACAUUGAUCUCAUCAUCACUGAGGAACCUGAAAUAGGAAACAUUGAAAAGCCAGUUGAGAUUUUUCAUAUAAUUGAGCAUUUCUGCCUUGGAAGGAGACGGUUACACCUCUUUGGAAGGGAUAGCACUAUUAGACCAGGUUGGCUUACUGUUGGGCCUACUCUUACCAACAGCAACUUUAAUUCAGAGACUUAUGCUUCUUACUUUAACACUCCAAAUUCACCUCUUACUGGAUGCACAGAGGAGAUCGAAAGACUCCGUCCCAAAACUCCACCUCCUAAGUCAGAUCGUGGCUUUGGGGCAUCGAGAGGAGGAGGACGAGGUGGAGCAUCUGCAGGUCGCGGAGAGAGGGGCAGGGAAAGGAACAGAGGCAGUUUUAGGGGAGACAGAGGGAAUUUCAGAGGACGUGGAGGACCACAUAGGGGUGUCUUUGCUCCCCGUUGAUUUUAAAUGUUUUUAGCUUGCAUUUCUUUAUGUGGUUACUAUUAUUUCAAGGAUAAAAUGUCAUUUUACUUGAUACCCCUGAAGAUUGUUCCACUAUAAUAAAUUGUUUUAACGAAA